UGAGGUUCUGUUCCGUUCGGACUGGCGGUUCUGCACGCGCCGGUGGUGCUGCACAGGCUGGCGGUGCUGCUCUCGCGCACGUCGAGGAGUUUAAUUAUUUUACCGCAUUCAACUGCAGUUCCCCCACUCCCUCCCUCCCUCCCUCUCUCUCUAUCUCUCUCUCUCUAUAUAUCUCUCUCUACAGCGAGCAAGCGCGUGCGUGAGUAAGAGAGAGAGAGAGAGAGAGAGAGAGAGGGAAAGAGGGAGGGUGGGCGAGAGAGAGAGAGAGAGAAAGAGAGAGAGACACAUACACACACAUACCCAGCCAGAUCAACACCUGUACGCCCAGGCAGACGCAGUGCUCCGGCGAGCUUCUGGAAAAAAGCCCUGAAAACCAACGAUACUUCGACGCUUAUGCUUCCAGACCAGUCCAGGAAAACCCGGGGACUACCAGGAACAGUUGGAAUAAAGCUCAAUCCCUUUUUGAUGGAAUGCUGACAAAACAAAAGACUCGCUCCUCAACACAACGCUCAACACCAUCCAUCGCAAUGUGGACUGACGAACGAUGUACGGACUGAACCUUAAGAAUUAAAUGAUAGCCAUUUAAACAUUGAGAUUUUUAGAAAAGCUCAAACCUUUCCACUCUGACUGGACUGAUGGAUUGAUUGUUUGACUGACUGAUGGAUUGAUUUUUUUCUUUUGCCUUUUCCAACUCAAUGGAUUUUUCCUGCUACCGCAGCUCAGCAGAAGGGUGAUAGCAGUAGUUCCAGCACCACCAGCAACACUGAGCUCCAAGCUGUUAAGCUUUCUUCAAUCGUAACCGAAAAUGCAAAAGCAGGCAAAGAAGAAGCUGGAACAUGUAAGGAUUUAUAUGAUUAGAGAUAAGGAUUGAGCUUCCUUUCUUCACCUUUCUAUGUACGUACCUACCAAUCUACUUCAUCUACUUGUCUGCAUCUCUUUCCCUUUUUCAUCUCUUGCCUUUUCUGGCCAUGGACUGUAUUAAUCAGAAUCAAAGCUGAGCCGAGACCCUCAGGAAGGGAGGGAGGGAGGGCUGUGGAUUUCAGCACCACGCUAGAAACGGACAGCUCCCACCGCGUUUAGAACUACGGACUGAGAAAGAAAAAAACCCAACAAUGAACAAGUAAACAAGUACAAAAGGACAAGACAAGAACAAAACGUUGAGGGACGGAAAAAAAGAGAGACUUAAAAGCAUUAAACUGUAUCCCUCUACCGGAUUUGUACCGUGCAAAUGCAAGGUCAGUGAGCGAUUUAGUGGGCUUAAAAAAGAAAAAAAAGAAAGGAAAAAAAUAUAAAAAAGAGAUAAAUAGAUAGAGGGGAGCGAUGCUGCCCUGUCUUGUUGUACUGUUGUGUCGUGUUGUUACAGAGAACGCGAACGCACACGAAACACACAAAAAAAAACGAGUUCAGUGAUGAGCAGCAUAGUGAUGAUGGUCACAAUGAUGAUGACGAUGAUGAUGGAGAGAUAAUGAUAAAGGUGAUACAACAACCGUGAUGAUAAAAAAAACAAUGCUGAAUCUAAUUCACUGAGGAUUCUCUGAGUUUGUCCACGACUUCGGCGGCGACGGGCAUGCGUCGGACAGAGCCCUGUUUCAGGCUGGCAUGGAUGUAACGACCACAAACUGCCGUCUCCUCUCUUUUGCCUGGUGAUGCGAGUGCGCACGAGUGUGUGCGUGCGCGAGAUGUGCAUGUGCGCGAGUGUGUGUUCUUCCCCUCCUUCCGUGCUGGAGGAGCCGAGUGCGUCCACUCCUACCCACUGAUUGCGUUCAACAACUCGGAUACGGGGAUGAUUUGCUUGCGUCGAUAAAAAUGCUGCUUUGGAUCGUCUUGCUGAAGGCGGCUCUCUGCGUGGCUACUGGGAACGUGACGAGGGACGUGUGCAAGGAGCAGAUCUGCUCCUGCAGCGCCAUAGAGGGCGACCUGCACAUCGACUGCGAGAAGCGAAGCUUCACCAACCUGCAGCACUUGACUGGUCCGAGCUCCCAGUUUUACCACCUCUUGCUGCACGGGAACUCCUUGUCGAGGCUGUUCCCCAACGAGUUCGCCAACUUCUACAAUGCCGUCAGCCUGCACUUGGAGAACAACGGCUUGCACGACAUCGUGCCAGGCGCCUUCCUCGGACUGCAGCUCGUCAAGAGGCUGCACAUCAACAACAACAAGAUACGCUCUUUCCGAAAGAGCACGUUCCUUGGCCUGGACGAUCUGGAAUACCUCCAGGCUGACUUUAACCUUCUUAGAGACCUAGAUCCUUCUGUGUUCAGGGACUUGAGCAAGCUUGAGGUUUUGAUCCUGAACGACAACCUCAUCAGCGCGCUCCCAAUCAAUGUGUUUCAACACGUACCCAUCACGCACCUCGACCUACGAGGUAACCGGAUAAAAACAUUGCCUUACGAAGGGGUACUAGAGCAGAUACCAGGAAUAGUUGAAGUUUUAUUGGAGGACAAUCCUUGGGACUGCAACUGUGACCUCGUUUCUUUAAAGGAGUGGCUCGAAAACAUCCCACAGCGGGCCCUCAUUGGCCGGGUGGUUUGCGAGGCUCCCGCGAGGCUCCAGGGCAGCGACUUAAACGAAACGGCGCAAUCCGAGCUGUGUCCGUCAAAGGAUGGUGCCGAUUCAAGCUUGGCAGCGCCACCCACGCAACGUGAAGCCUCAGACUUGGGCCCUCCGCCCACAAUAUUGGUUACUGAGGCGCGCUCGGGCCGUGGACGCCCCAAAGCACGAGAGAACUGGCAGCUGAAAGCACCUACCAGCACUGCAGGAGAGAGGGAAGUAGCUCCGCCUUUCAACUGCAACGCCACUGGCACUUGCCCUCAGCCAUGUGUCUGCAAGCUGAUCGGCACGAGGCAGGGGCUUGGUGUGAACUGUGAAGGCAAGAAGAUAGAGAAUGUUUCCAACCUGAAACCCAAGCCGUUGGGUGCGCACGAGCUCAACCUGCGAGACAACAACAUCCACACCAUCAGAAGACUGCAAUUCAGGGGCUUCGCAAACCUGAAUUUGCUUGAUCUUGGGGGCAACAACAUCAAAGUGAUUGAAAAUGGCACUUUUCAGAACCUGAGUGAGCUGCGGUGGCUCUACAUGGACAAGAACUACUUGGAUACCCUCAUGGCGGAUAUGUUCGUGGGUCUGCAGAACCUGGAAUACCUUAGUUUGGAGUACAAUGACAUCCAGCUGAUAGUGGCGGGCACUUUCAGCCCCAUGCCCAACUUGCGCGUGCUGUUUCUCAACAACAACUUGCUGAAGUCGCUGCCUGUGGACGUAUUUGUGGGAGUUUCCCUGUCCAAGAUCAGCUUGCACAACAACUACUUCACGUACCUUCCCGUGGCGGGCGUUCUGGAACAGUUGUCCUCUGUCAUUCAGAUCGAUUUGCACGGGAACCCUUGGGAUUGCUCGUGCAACAUUGUACCGUUCAAGCGCUGGGCUGACCGACUUGCCUCGGACGUCAUCGUCAGCGAUCUCAAGUGCGAGUCUCCAGAAGAGUUCUGGAAGAGGGAUUUCCGGAGGAUCAGGGAUGACCUCAUGUGCCCGCAGCUUUUUGACAAGGGCCCGACCUCCACGGCGACGUCCAGGAACGGCACUUUGGCGUCUGGAGAUGGUGGGACACGCUCUGGAUCCUACCUGGAACCCAGCCGAGUGUCCAUCUCCGUUCUGGUGCCGGGCCUCUUGUUGGUCUUCGUCACGUCCGCCUUCACUGUGGUUGGAAUGCUGGUGUUCGUCUUGCGCAACCGUCGCAGAUCCAAACGCCGGGAGGGCAACUCCUCUGCCUCCGAAAUCAACUCCCUGCAGACCGUGUGCGAUUCGUCUUACUGGCACGGUGGCGCUUACCAUGCGGACGGACCCCACCGGCCUUACGAGUGCGGUACCCACACACUUUCUGACAAAUGAAGCCCUUGGGGUUGAGGAGAAACAUGCGCAGGGGAGAAAAAAUGCGCAAAAUAAGAGGAAAAAAAACGUUGCCUGAAGGUGACGUGCACUGCUGCUGUGACAUAGGAGGAAAAGGACGUCGGGAGCAUACUUUCGCACUUGCUUCUGUUGGGAAAUAGCCUAUUUUUUAUUCUCUUCACUUGACUAUGGUCUUUAUGAGCCAGUGCCAUGGAACCGGUAUUGUAAAAUAGGCAAGGAGCACUGCUGCUGCUGCGGGACGAUUGGAGAAUAAGGACGAGAAUACGGCCCGUCCUUCCGCCUCUCGCCUCCUUGCGCCGCCUGUUUGGGAAUUAUGGCCUAUUUUUAUUCACUUUAGUUGACUUCAGUGUUUAUGAGCCACUGCUAUGGAACCAAUAUUGUAAAAUAUGUACAGGGCACCUUCCCUCCCACCCUUCCCACAACUCCUGUGCUCUUUCCCUUCCUCCCCUGCCUCUUUCCCUCCAGUCCUCCCUCGCUCCCUCCCCCUCCUCCCUCCAUCCUUCCCCCCCUCUCCCUCUCUCUAUCUCUCUCUCUCUCUUUCUGCCGCAUUCAGACUGAAAACUGAGGAAACAGGGGACCUGAAAAAUGGUGCACGAGUGCAAUGUGCAUGAAUGUAAUGUACAUAAGGAACUGUAACAUAUCUGCAUGAUUCGCAUGGUUUCGACUCACACUGGGAACCAUACCAUAGUUACAAAGAUGCCAACUCUCUCAACCCUUCUUUCAUGAUAUCAGUAUAAAUAUAUAUAAAUAUAUAAAUAUAAAAAAUCAAACUCUAUAUGAAUAUAUUAAAAGUGCCAUUUCUCUAUUUUUCGUGGAAAAUGCGAUUAGGAUUUGUAUUUGUUGUUUCGUUUCCGAGGGUGAAAAAAAAACACUAAAGUGGCGUUCUGUAGACGACGGAAGCGGAAUGCAUGUAGGUGACUCUUUCUGUUCCGUUCUAUCAUUUGACUGAUUGUUGGUAUCAGAAUUAUUUAUAUAUAUUAUCAUUUUGUGCGGAUCCUCCAGAGGGUCCCGCGCCGUCAUCUCCUUUAUGAAUGUAUUAUUGUGUUACAAUGCAGUGUGCCAAUCGCUGACCUUCGGGGACGCAGAUAUAAGCAUGACCAGUUAACGUCAUACCGGCGCUUAUUCUGCAAAUUUAGCUGAAAAAACAAUGUAGCUGAACUGGUUGGUGAUUUCUUGAUCUCGUGUGCGACGAUGGACAGACCCUGCAGGGUCUUGGAGAAGGUCUCUGAUGGAAUAUCUUACUUCUCUUUUUUUAAACUUAGGUUUUUUUAAUUUUAUGAUUAUUUCAUUUUCAAAUGCAACAUGUUUAAGGUUUUUGAUGUUCCGGUAUGUGAAAAAUAACCAAGGUUUUUGAGACUCGAUGGACGAUGGAUUCCUUCGCAAAAGCCUGUGACUAUUACUCUUAUUCUUAUAUUAUAAUUAUUCACGUUUAAUUAUCGUGAGCUUUCGUAAAGCCAUUGAUUUCAUCCAAACAGGAGAAAGGGAAAUGGCAUUUUUUCUUUCUUUUUUCUUUUCUUUUUUUUGUACCUGACAUGUCCUUAACUGUGAAUCAAAGUGAAGCGGUGUAAAUAUAUAUCCACUACACAGAAAGGCUGAGAGACUGGAGGCACGGCGACCGUUGUACAGGCAUAGGUUUACUUACUUUGAGGCGAAAGGCCGCCUCUAGAUGUCGCUGUUGCAUCUCAACUCAGUUAGAAGCCCAGAGUCUGAGCUCCUUUGGUGGUGCAUUGGAGCUGAGCAGCUCCUCCAAGCAGUAGUUGCUGUUCUCCUUCGGUCUGAUCUGGGAUCAGGUCCUGACGACCCAAAAAUGCUUUGUAUCCGUCGUUUGUUGCGAGACCUGCCCUCAGAUCAGCCAGAAUUAGGACUUUGAGUUCUAUGAAAACCCACCCAUCACUGUUCACACCAUCCAAACUAGCAGGCAUUCGCUUUUUCUUUUUUCUUUUUUUUCUCUCGAUUUCUUUCCAACAUUACAUCUCUUACAGGCAAGACAACAGAACCUCAGUUAGCGAAACCUAAAAAUGUAGUCAAAUAUAUACUUUUACGCAACUUUAUCUCAUGCAGCUCAUGAGUUCAUGCUGUUUUCUACGUAUGUUUCAAUGCAGCAGACAAAACAGAGGAACAUUGCUUUUGAGUUUGGCGUACAACAGGCUUUAUUGGUUUCAUUAGACCAGUGGUUCUCAAACUGAUGGUCCACAAGGCUUCGUUGAUGACGUUGAUGACGAAGAGUGAGAUUUCAUUGUAGACCAACAUCUCAGUUCUUCAAUGUUGCAACUAAAGUACUAUCAUUAAAAAUCUUUAAAUCAGUUUAUUAGUCCUUACAAUUGAACCCUGAG